CUCAAUAUAUUCAUAUCCAUGUCUUCAACGCGUCAACCCCCUCGGACCGCGUCUUGGGUAUAAAUUGCGUAGCCUCGCACCAUAUCUUCCUUUCCCCUACCACUAACGCGCAAGACUUGCACUUGCGCGCCCUCACCACCAGCAUCAUGGUUCUCUUCAAACGAAAACCCGUGCAGUUCAUACAGCCGCCACAAAUGAACGAUGAAUCUACAGAGGUCUGGCAUGUUCCUCAGACUGGUGAAGUGUUCUCGACUUAUGAAGAGUAUUUAGGCCGAAUUGACUUUUAUAGCCAGGUUUGUGCUCAUAGGCGGCUUCAAUAUCUGCCAUUUCCCUCUCUUUGGUGUAUAACAUGGGUUGGGCAUAUUCUAACCAAAAUUCAGCCGCGAUUUAUCUGUCAAAUAACUGGCCACUCCGGCCUAACAUUUUUCGAAGCCCUCAAAAGUGAGCUCGCUGGCGCACAAGAAGUCGAUCAAGCAUUCCCCGAAGCACUCAAAGGCCCGGUCCUUCGCCGGGUGCAGUUUCAAACCAUCUCGCGAAUUGACACCCUCGUUGACAUGAUCUACGAAGAGUUCAAAGCCGAUUACUACCCAGGCGAGGCGGUAACGAUACAGCUUGUGACUGGGGAACGCCUGACAGGUACCGUCCGAGAUAAAGCACGACUGGGGAGCAAGGUUUUGCCCGAUGGGACGUUAACGCAACCUUAUUCACGAUAUUCUACAAGUAUUGACGGACGACCCGACGAGGAAGCUGUUGUCGAUAGCGAACACAUAUUCCGAGAUAGGAAGAUAUUUACGAAAUCGGUUCUACGCUCCUUCAUUAAAAAGACAGUCACGCGAGAAGCUUGGAAUGGGGCGCCUUGGCUUGUUAAGCACGAUGUUGCCGCUCAAUACCACAUUGACACUCGGGUUCCUCCUCAUCUGCGAUAUGACAACAAACUACUUGAGCGCAAGCAACAGCAAGCGCAGAAACGCGCCCUACAGCCCAUCAAUGGCUCACAUGAUGUAAAUGGAACGAAUGGCGCAUUCCAUAGUGUAGGUCCGACGCGGUUACCAGAGCUCAAACCUGCUCCAAAACCCCACAAGAUCCAGAGGGCCCAGCAACACGAGCACCCUGGAGCACAGGUCAGGCAUAGUCCAAAUAUCUUUCUCGAUCACGAUCAUGGACCAUUGCCUCCAGUCCCUGGCGACCAACCUUUCCAUUUUCCGGUUCCCUUUCGGCAGAGUGCCCCUCCCCCUGUUGCGUUCCCUCAACCCGAACCGCCACCGCCUCCACCACCUCCGCCAAAAUAUCCAAUUGAAGACCUACAACUUCCGCCCCGUGACGACUAUGUACGGCCGCCACUGAAAUUUUUGUGUGGAGAUCCGCCAGAAGGUGUCGUAGACAGUGGCGCGCAAAACGAGAAAAUACAGAUGAAGUCUGUUGGGCCCUUAUUAGAGACAUGGGACACUUUGAAUGUGUACUGCGAGAUAUUCAAACUCGACUCCUUUACUUUUGACGAUUUUAUACAAGGUCUGGAAGUUUUCAACAAUGACACUCAGUGCGAGCUUUUCACCGAGAUUCAUUGUGCGGUUCUCAAGCAGAUUGUCAGCUCUGAGGCCGACGGCGGCAAGCUAUUAGUGAACCUGCCUGAAUUGGACGAUGAGGAAGAGGAGGAGGAUGAAGACGAAAGUACCUUACCGACACCCGAGCCAGAGCCUGAACCGAAACCAGCCGGACGGGCCACAAGAAGCAGCCUCGCAAAGUUGGAAGCAGAGCGACUUAGAGCCGAGGCGGAAGCGGCCGAGAGGGAGAAGACACCUGAGGUCACCGUGAAACAUCGCGCCCCUGAAGUCCUGGCGGAUUUCAACUGGAUUGAAGAACUCAAGCAGCGCAAUUUCUCACAUGGUGGCUGGGAGAUGAUUAUUGUUGGGCUUCUGCAUCAACUCUCAAAGAACCCUCGGCAGACGGAGGCCUGUGAAGAGUUACUCGCGGAGCUAGUACCACCGGACGAAGAGCCCAGUGUAGAGCUUGUCCGCGACCAGUACUCAGAUCUUGAUUUCAACCUUCGCAUAUCUAUUCUACAAAUUCUCUGCAUGCUUACAAUGGAGACCAAGGCCGUUAGGGGGUAUAUGGAUGAUUGCGCCGAGACCAUGACUGGAUAUCGGAAAGAGAAGAUUGAAUGGCAGCGCAAUCGGAAACAAGCGCUGGAGGAUCUCAAGGUGCUCCAUGAACAGCGGAAAAUUCUACUACCAGAGAACAUGCCACCAUCGCCGACCCCUGACAGUGCUAACGCUGCCAAAACUAACGGGGAUGUGAAGAUGACAGGGAAUUAUGAUUCACCUGAUGACCCUAGCGAGGAUGGGAAUGAUAGCGACGAUGAUGGCCGAGCCCGCCGUCACCUUAGACGUGGCGGAGACCGCGCAGCAGAACGCCAACGAAAGCGCGAGGAGCUGGAACGUAAGAGAGAAGCUGAGUUGGCGGCCAAGGUUCCAAAGCAGUCGAAACAAUUCGUGAAGCUCUUGAAAGAUAUUCGGAAGAAGGAAGACUAUAUAAAAACCUGUGAAGACGAGAUUGCCGUCAUUGAUAAUGACCUGCGUGAGGCCGAUUGCGGAAGAACUCGCGUUUUGGGCAAGGAUCGAUUUUGGAAUCGAUAUUACUGGUUUGAACGGAACGGCAUGCCGUAUGCUGGCUUACCCAACAGUUCAACCGCCCACGCCGGCUAUGCAAACGGGUCUAUCUGGGUUCAAGGUCCGGACGAUAUGGAACGCGAGGGGUACAUCGAUAUGCCAGCUCAGCUUCAAGAUGAAUACAAGGCCAAAUUUAAGAUGACAGUACCGGAAAGAAAGAAGCUUGAAGAAGGACGUACCAGUGUGUUCAAUGCGCGGCAAUGGGGAUACUACUCUGAACCUAGUCAGUUGGACUCGCUACUGAAUUGGCUAGAUCCGCGUGGAUUUAACGAGCUCAAGCUACGCAAGGAGUUACUUCUUUAUAAAGACAAAAUUGUGGCGAACAUGGAAAACAGAACUCAGUAUAUCAGCUCUCAAGAGGGUGAGGGCAAUGAGAAAGAGCCGGAAAAGAAGGAGGAAUCCAAGCGCAUGAGUACCCGAACAAAGGCCCAGGCCAAUUCAGAACCAAUACACUUCCGCUGUCUCGAUUGGACCAACACAAUGGCGACAGAAGAGCUUGGACAUCUCCAUAGCGAGCCACCGCCUCCACCAAAACCACGAAAGGGGGGAAGGAGAAGUCGUGGUUGAAUGUUUUCAGACCUGUUCAAAGUUGACUUGGCCUUGUUUCUUAGGGUGCCUUUACAGACACCGAGCUUUCUCGGAGAUUUCCUGGCAACCCGUAAUAGCCAAUUCGGAUCU